GCUUGCUUGUCAUGCCGUAGAACAACCCGGAAGUAGACGCUCGACCCUUACUUUUCCGUAUUUAUGAUUUGGAAUCUUUUGAAAUUGGCUCAUUUUCUGCCUUCCUAGUUUGUCCUGGGAUAUUGAACUCAUUUUGUUUCGUAAGAGUCGAGAGAAGCGAGCGCCCGCCAUGUUCCUCACCCUGGCUCUACUGCGUAAGGGCAUCCCAGGCAAGCAGUGGAUCGGCAAGUACCGACGUCCGCGUGCUGUGACGUGGCAGAUGAAGCGCAACAUGCUGAAACACCUGGAGCGCGAGGCCCAGAAUGAGUACUGGAUCAGCCGACCCUACAUGACGUUGGAGCAGGAGGCCGGACACGCCGCAGAGCGCCGAGCGCGCAACUUGCUGCGCGUUAAGGAGACCAAAUUCAAUAAUUUCCCUAAACAUAAAACCAUUACCGAUCACCUAGCCCACCUUGGCAUCUCCAAGAACUGGUCUUCUUAACACUUUGGUUUUGGACACAGAAAGACUUUUCAACAUGUCAUCGUUGUGUUAUAAAAGUGGACCGAAUACCUCACGGUGGUUGACCAAGUUAAUUAAACAUACAGAAAGGCAUAGAAGUGGGUCAAUAUUGUAACUUUUUGCUUGAAGUGUGUGUCCGCAACUCAAUGUAUAAGUCAUCCAUAAUAUAAAAUUCAUUUGAAAUACUGCAA